AAGGCAACCCAUUCUUUGACGUUUCGAAUUUCGAACAAUAUUGGGUUAUGUUAUUGUUUUUGUUUUGAUCCUGUCCUGUAUUAAUGCAAUUUCAAAAUGAUAUGACAGAAAUGGAUAAUUUAACGUCUGGUACACAAAGAUUGAUACAUUUGGAUUUGAAGGGGGCUCCACCAAGGAUCCAUUUCUUUGAGAAGCUAUUUCCAUUUCUGAAGAAUAUUGGGGCAACAGGAAUACUGUUAGAAUGGGAAGACACAUUUCCAUAUACAAAGGAACUGACACAAAUUGGAGGACUCUCCGACAGUGCACAAGCAACUGGAUCACCAUAUUCACUGGAGGAAGCUCGGCAAUUACUUGAUCUAGCGAAGGAUUCAGAACUAUCAGUGAUUCCUCUAGUACAAACCUUCGGACACAUGGAAUUCGUCCUGAAACACGAACAGUACAGAGGUUUGAGAGAAGCUGAGCCGUAUCCCAGCUCGAUGUGUCCAAGUAAGAGUGAUACCCUUCAACUUGUCAGAAGUAUGGUUAGACAAAUGAUAGCUUUUCAUCCGCAUAUUCAGUAUAUUCACAUAGGAGGCGAUGAGAUUUGGCAUAUGGGACUUUGCUCUGCUUGUCAAAAAAGAAUACAAACAUCCAAAUUUGGUAGAGCAGGACUGUACCUGGACCAUAUGACGGAAGUUGCACAGUUCAUCAAAGAUAACUAUCCCAAUCUGAAAAUUAUCGUUUGGGAUGACAUGUUUAGAAAUAUUGAUCUGAAUAUUUUACAAGAAUACUAUAUAGGAAACCUAGUUGAACCGAUGAUAUGGCAUUACAACUCUUCAGACACAUUCCGCUUGGGUGGCAACCUGUGGGAGAAAUACAGCAACAUUUUCGCGAACGUUUGGGCAGCCUCGGCCUUCAAAGGAGCCACUAGCAGCUGUCAAUUGCUGCCCGUCACGAAGUACCACGUGAGCAAUCACGAAGCGUGGCUCUCGGAACUCGGGAUGCAUGCAGGAAAGAUCGUGAAUUUUCGGGGCAUCGCCCUCACUGGAUGGUCGAGAUUCGAUCAUUACGCCACCUUGUGCGAGCUGCUUCCAUGUGGGGUGCCCUCUUUGUGUUUCUGUAUGAAGACUUGGAUCUCGGGAGGAUAUUCACCGAAUUUGAAUGAUUCAGUGGCCGAAUUACUGGGCUACAACGACAACUUAUUCAACUCGGAUUGUGUCGUACCACGACCACCGCUACCAUUGCCGCAGCUUUCGUUUCCCGGUUGGCAAAUAUUCGUCGGUUUCGAGUGGUUGGUCCAUUUACGGACCAAAUUCAAAAAUAUCAUCGACAGUGAUCAGGUCCAGACUUGGCUGAAUGUGUGGCAAAUAGCAAAUGAUUAUACAAACCCGAUGCAGAUAGACUCCAUUCUACCUGUUGUGAAUGAAGUGAUUAAAGAGCUGAUUCCCUUGAAGGACUACCUGCAGGAGCAUUUGGAUCAAGUUUUUUUUAAACACACUGUGGAUGAACUUAUUGGGACGUUAGUGAUACCAGUAGAACGAAAAUUGAAUCAAUUAAAGGCAGAUUGCGAGACACAACUUUCUUUGGGUUGUCGAGUCAGAGGACACAAACGAUUGAAUAUUUGAAGAUUUUAAUGAGUCAUUACUUUCGCUUAAGAAUUAAGAUUAAAUAGAUAAAUAGUUACAUGAUGUUGAAUUUAUUUACGAAAACCUACGAGAAGGAAUAA